GAUAAAACGUCAGCGUCAGGGUUGAAAGGGAAAAGGUCGUCUGAAACAUGGCUGCCUCCGUGGAUGACAUGUUUUCCUUCUGCGUGGACCCCGGCAAAGUUGCCGCCUGCGUGGAAGUCCGAUUUAUAGACAAUAAGAAGGGCAAAGGUCUCUUUGCCAAAAGGGGCAUCAAGAAGGGAGACACCAUUUUCUUUGAGCGGCCUCUGGUCUCUGCUCAGUUCCUGUGGAAUUCUUUGUAUAAAUAUAAAGCCUGUGAGUACUGCUUACGAGCUCUGGAGACCGCAGAGGAGAAUGCGAGGAGACUCAGUGGCAUCCCCGGACUCAGCCUUCCUCACCCUGAGCUCUGCAGUGUUCGACCAGAGCUGCACCAAGCCUGCCCUCAGUGCCAGGUGAUGUACUGUAGCAGCGAGUGUCGACAAGCUGCAGCAGAUCAGUAUCACCGAGCUCUGUGUUUGGGUCCCUCCCAGGAAGAUCCGGACCAUCCCAUCAACAAGCUUAAAGAUGCAUGGAGGAGUAUGCAUUAUCCCCCGGAGACCUCCAGCAUCAUGCUUAUGGCCAGAAUGGUAGCUUUGGUCAAACAGGCCAAAGACAAAGCACACUGGCAGAAGCUUUUUUCUCACUUCUGCAGCCGGGCAGCUAAUGAAGAAGAGGAGAUUGCCCAUAAGCUCCUGGGAGAGCAGUUCAGAGGGCAGUUGGCCUUGUUACACAGCCUUUUCAAAGCAGCACUUUCUGAUGAUCAUCUUAGUCGGUGGUUUGCCCCCGAGGGUUUCCGCUCUCUGUUCGCUCUCGUGGGAACCAACGGACAAGGCAUUGGCACCAGUUCCUUGAGUAAGUGGGUUCAUGCCUGUGAUGCACUUGAGCUUCCUGCCCAGCAGAGGGAGCAGUUGGAUUCUUUUAUCGACCAGCUAUACAAGGACAUUGAGAAAGAAACGGGAGACUUUCUAAACUGUGAGGGCUCUGGACUUUUUCUGCUUCAAAGCUCAUGUAACCACAGCUGCAUACCCAACGCAGAGGCAUCCUUCCCCGACAACAAUUUCCUGCUUCAGCUCAGUGCCCUUAGUGACAUCAGCCCAGGAGAGGAGAUCUGCAUCAGUUAUUUGGACUGCUGUCAGCGGGACCGAAGCCGUCAUAGCAGACACAAAAUUCUGAGGGAGAACUACCUAUUUGUCUGUUCGUGUCCAAAGUGCAUCUCCCAGAUGGAUGAGCUGGAUGUGACAUCAGAGGAGGAAGAGGAAGAAGAAGGCGAGGCAGAAGGUGAAACGGAGGGGGAUGAGAUGGAAGAUGAGAUGACAGAUGUCUGAUAAAAGACUUGCCCAUAUUGUUCUCAGCCGUUCUCGUUCCUGCCACCACGCUAAGCAACCAUGAAGCCCGGGAGAAUAAGAAAACAGUCCAAACGUGUGGAAAAAUGUUAUCAACACAUUUCUACAGCAGCCCUCAGAGGCAAGUGAGAGGGGAAAAAAUUUUAGCAAUCCAUUUUUAAAGUCAGAUCGAAAUAGUUUUCUCUCCUCAUCUGGCAGUAGGGCUUAGAUUAUAAUUUUUUCCCCCCCUUUUCUUAAGUCAUAAACACAGGAAAGAACUAAAUUUAGACCAGACUUAUGAAAUGGAUCACCAGAAUUUCUUUUCUCACUUGCCUUCUAUACAUUUAAAUCAUUCUGUGUCCAGUUUUAGAGAUCAGCAACAGGAAGCUUUUCCUUAAAUGAGUUACACGUGUGUGAAGUGUGUCAGUAUUAGGAUACACUACAGGGACAUGUUGUGUUUUGAUUUUAUUUUUUUUAUUGUUUUCACUCUACUUCAGCACACUGGGGGUUUUAAAUAAAAUGAAGACUAUGACUUCCAACUUUCAGGGUUUUUGACUGUGUCCAUAUCCAUAUUGGGUAAACAGUUAAGGCCAUUUUACCUUCUGGUACUAUGUAUAAAAGGGCUGAAAUAUAUACACAGUUCAUCAAAUGUGGAUGUAAAAGCCUUUUAAAUCCCAAUUAAUUGACGUGAUCUUAAUAACAGCCACUCAAAGUCUUGCUUUUACUGCCCUCCAGUGGUGCAUGUUUUCACCUUGCUACAGUGAUAUACACAAAAAGAGGGCGGUUAAACACUUCUUUUUCAGCCUGCUGGUUAAGUUACACUUUAAAUGUGAUAUGGUGACUGUGUUGGCUACCAGUUGCCAAGUUAUCCAGCAGACACAGAGCAGCAUUAAAAUUCAUUUGGAGUUGUGUUUCUGGCUGAUGAAUGUAAGUCAAAUUCUCUCGCUCUCUCUCUUGAUAUCUGGAUCUUAUGCUGUUAAAUGCUCAACUAUGUUCCCCAGCUAGUUGGUAACAUUAGCUGUGUGCUAGCUGCUGGAAACGACACUAAUGAUAGCAGCAAGAAAGAAUCAAAACAGUUAAGUUGUUGGCAGAAAUACUAAAACAACUGUGGGAUUGUCACUACAAGCGACUUUACACAGUCCAUCCAUCGUGAAUAUAAAAAUAUUGAUUAGA